UAAAAAGACAUUUUAUAGAAUAUUUGUUAUCGCUAGAUUCAUUCUGGAGAGAAACACGUGUAGAUUUUAGCUAUGGAUAUUAAAAAGAAAAUAAACAAAAUUAUCAGACGUGUUGCCAAAUCCGCCAAGGAUAUCAAGAAUGUAUCACGAAAAGAAUUAAGUUCUGCCUUUCAGACAGCAAUAAAAGAUCUUCCAAACGGCGAUGUUAAGGAAGCUAUUGAAGCACAAUUUGAAAAAUACUUGGGUGAUUUUGAAAGGAGGGUAUUGCAGUCAAAAGAAAAUGGCAUGUUUUAUCACAAACUCAAACCAGACGAGAUUUGGAAGCCACCAAAGGGGAUGUCCAAUGAAGAGGCAGAGAAGAUAAGAACUUGUAUGAUUGCCAAGAAAUUAAAGAAGGGGCUGGAUAUAAAAAGAGAUGUGUCUAUGCUUCAGUCAUGUCAGAAGGACCCAAGAGUUUUGAUGAAGCUGAGUUCCUCAUUAAUUCCUCUGCAGAGCUUAAAAAAUGUUAUGGACAUUUAUGAGGGGUAUUGUCAAAAUGAAAUGGAGAAGUGUUUACACAGCAAAGAUGUUCCAAGCAUUCAACGUUUGGCUGACUUUACAGAAGAAGGCCUACGAUGGGUCAGCAUGAAGUACAGAACUAUUCCAGGAAAGAUGGAGAAGUCCUUGCUAACUUAUGCUGACAUAAUGGCUGCUUUAUCCUCAAUAUAUGUGGACUUAAAAGUUGUACUCUCUAGAGAUAUGGAGAAAAAAGAGAUUUCAUCUGCUGCAAGGAUGCUGUGUGGUUUAGUGAGUGCAGUGGUUCCAGACAGCCAUAAACUGGACGUCUUACUUCAGCUAGCAGAACUUACCCCUGAUGACCAGAAGUUUAUCUGGCCAUAUGUUAAGAAAUCUCUUAAGGAUUUCAAGAUUUCGGGCGACAAUAAAAGGUUCCUGAAAUACAACAUCUGUAUGGUGAAGCUGAGUAAACUUUGGCCAGAAGGCAUGGAAGAAUUUAUUCAGUCUGCCAAGAAAAUCCCUGCUCCAUCUGAUUUUAUCACUUGGAUUUCAUCUUGCAAUCCUGCCCUUCUGGAGUCCAUUCCGACUGACAGGAAGUUCACAGGGACUCAUGUCACCCGUUUCAUGCUGGAGGAUUUAGAUGAAAACCUUAUUGAGCAGUUUCUGGAAGCAUUGACUGAUAGAAAGGACGAAUCAACAGAAACAGCAGAAGGUGAACCUAUGGUGGCUGAUGAUGCCGAGGCGGUGGACGAAGAAUUGCCAGACCUAGAAGUGAUCGAGGAGAAGACUGAGACCAGCACCACCUCAGCCCCACAGGAAUUAUUUUUCAUUGACAAGGGAAAGCCCAAGGCAGAAAAGGAUAAAUUGAUAGACUUAGAUGAGGAGGAGGAAGAAAAUGAAGAAAAAAUGGAAUGUGAUGAUGACAGUGGUUUAAACUCUGAAAGUCCUUUAGUAUUGAGUGACAGUGAUGAAGAAGAUGAUCCUACCAUCAUAGUGGAUGAUGCUCUAGAAGAAAUAGAAGAAGUCCUCCAGAAUGCAAUGAAUAAAGAAGUCAGUGGAAGUGAACAGGAAGAAGAGGGAGAGGAAGAUGUCAUUGUCAUGGAUGAUGUGAAGACAGGCAGUGCCUUGAAAAAAGAAAAAAGCUCAAGGAAAGGCAAAAAAUCUGGUUUUGGGGAUUUUGAAAUGCAUCUUAGUUCAUUAAGUAAACAGUUAAAGUCCAAAACUGAGGCAAUGGAGACUGAUGAAUUAGAUAAAACUGUGACUAAGGAUACAGAGUCACAGGAAGGUUUAGUUACACCUCAAAAAACCCCAAUGAGAUCUCAAAGGUCUAGUUCAAAGAGAACAACAUCAACAAGUUCCCAAAAGUCAAAUGAAGAUGAUAAGAGAAUGGGGGAAGACAAGAAAGAGGAAGAGAGUAGGGCUAAUAAUAAAUCACCAAGGCAGGCAAGUAGCUCCAAAGAAGAAAAAGUUCAGGAGGUCUUGAAAGAAGAGGCAGAAGAAAUCUCCAGUGAUAAUGAUGAUGCAGCAGAGAGUGUCGUUUCUGAUUCCUGUGAUUCUGAUGAAGCUGAUUUUGUUAGCUGUCCAAAAAUAGAAGAAAGCAUUCAAUCUGCAUGCUCUAAGACAGGAAAUGAAACAGUUUGUGAAUUCAUGUCCCCAACUGUUGAAAUGAUUCAAUCAAAAGUAAGGAAAAGCAGUAGACGGAAGCUUUUGAAGGAUGACAAUCCUGCUGCAGAAGAUGUAGAUGUUUACACAUUUAUUAUGUCCCCAGCAAAGAAGUCAAAAGCAUCUGAAGAGGACUCUUCCAACAAGGAAGAUGAAACUGCCCAAACGACAAGGAGAAGAUUAAGAAGAAAAACUACUUCAGACCUUCUGCCAGAAAGCAAAACCAAGAAGGAUAGUACAAGAAAAUCCUUGAUGUCACUUGAAAACAGUAACAAAAAAAGUGAUUCUAAAAUCACUGAAUAUUUCAAAACAACCCCCAUUAGAACCCAUGGAAAAGUGCUCUAUAUGGAUGAAAGUGUGGAGGAAAAGAGCGGUCAGGUGUCAGAUGCUCAAGAAAUUUCAACAAAUGGGGACAAGAAAGCAGAAGAAAGUGAAAGUGGAUCAAGCAUAAAUGGGGGAACAAGAAGAAGUACCAGAAAAAAUAAGCCAGCAAAUGCUUUAAGUGAUCUGACCAAACACACAAAGAACUCGCCUGUUAAGAGAACAAAGAGUCAGUCAGGCAGUGAAGGAAAAGAAUCAGAAUCAACAACUCGACAAACCAAAGAUAGUAGAAUUGUGACAAAAUCUGGAGUGCAAACUUUAGACAAUGUAGAAGAAGUAUCACCAAGGAGGACUAGAAGUAAUUCAGAAUCCAAAUCAGCACAGGAGAAUAAGACCAUAAAAGACAAUGCAGAUGAUGCUAUUUAUGCAUCAGAGAUGGACUCUAGUUGCGAUGACAUGAAAAAGACUGGGACCUCUAAAUUGACUCCUAAAAAGAGUCCAAAAGCCCAGAAAAGAGUUCUUCGAUCAAGGAAAGCAACACCUUCAAAGGGAAUGCAAUUAUCAGAGAGUUUACCUGUUGAUUCCCCAAGAAAAUCUCUACGAUCAAGAAAAACUUGAUACUUGUUUCAUAUUUUUAUUGGUGCUAAAAAGUCAUAACAAGCUCAACUGAACGAAAUGUUAAAAUGAGCAAUUUUGUUACUUUUGGUUGAAGCAGAGUGAUUUGAAGUGUCGUUAAACUUCUUAUCUGCAAGACUAUUUUUUGUUACCACAACUUUUAUUUUUUAUAACAACUUUUCAACCUGUAUAAAUUUUCUGACCAAAUAUAGUGAAUUUCAGAAUUUUAAAACGUGGUGCAAUUGUAAUUUUUUUAUCAUUAUUUUAAUUUUUCUUAUCAUCCAUAAGAGUCGUUCAUGUUUCUGUUUAUCAAUAAAGUUGACUGUGAACUUGAUUCCGAGACAUGGAGUCAUAAAGCGGCUACAAAAAAAAAUUUUGCGUUUAUUUAUGCUUGAAGUACAUGGUGACUUUUGUGAAAUAAAAGCCAGAAAAGAACCAUAAUGGGUCUUAAUGUUUA